UUAUAAUUUGACAUUUGGCCAAUUGUAAAAUGGCAAUUUAAUUUAUUUUAUUGAAAGCUAAUUUUAUAGUAAAUUAUUGCGUUUGCUAAGUAAUCUCUACUAAAAAUGGCAGAGUUGUUAUUGGACCCAAACAUACGAUUAUGGGUGUUUUUACCCAUAGUCAUUAUCACCUUCUUGGUUGGAAUUGUAAGGCAUUAUGUAUCGAUUAUUUUAUCUUCUCAGAAGAAAAUUGAACUUUUGCAGGUGCAAGACAGUCAGGUGAUGAUAAGAGCUCGAUUACUUCGUGAAAAUGGCAAGUACUUGCCUAGACAGUCAUUUGCAAUGCGGAGACACUGGUUUAAUAAUGAAGACACUGGGUAUUUCAAAGUACAGAAAAGAGCGACUGCUUCUCAGAACCCCAUGACUGAUCCUGGCAUGAUGACUGACAUGUUGAAGGGCAAUGUGACUAAUGUGCUGCCAAUGAUAGUAAUAGGAGGCUGGAUUAAUUGGAUGUUCAGUGGCUUCUUGACCACCAAGGUGCCAUUUCCACUGACCCUGCGCUUCAAGCCCAUGUUGCAGCGAGGAGUGGAACUAGCAUACCUUGAUGCCUCCUGGGUAUCCUCAGCUUCCUGGUAUUUCCUCAAUGUAUUUGGUUUGCGGACCAUCUAUACUCUAGUAUUGGGAGAAAAUAAUGCCGCAGACCAGUCAAAGGUGAUGCAAGAGCAGAUGUCAGGACCAGCAAUGGCCAUGCCUCCAGACUCGAAAGCCGCCUUCAAAGCGGAGUGGGAGGCUCUCGAGAUCACUGAACACCGUUGGGCACUGGCUUCCUCCGAGGCAGAUAUAUUAGCUUCCACGGAACAGUCUCAAUAGUCAAAUUGUAGAUUAAGCUAUUUAUAAGGUGUAUCAUAUUGUAGCGAUAAGAAAGUCAUGGUCAAUAACAAAGCUAUAUACAAGGUUAAAUAAAAAAUAUCAAUAAUUUCUCGGCCUGCAGUUGCCCCGAAUAGUGGUUUUACCAAAUAUAUUAUUCGGUUUAACCAUUAACAUUUAUUAACCGUAUAUUCAUGAUAUGUACAUUGUUUUGCCGCGUAAAAAGUUCUAUUAUGUACGUUAAUUGCUACCACCCAAACAUCGCUCUAUUAUGUUACAAUUAAAAAAACAUAUGUGCUUAUAUUUUGUGAUCUAUCCAAAGCAUUCGACUGUGUUGGUCAUAAAACCUUGCUUCUUAAACUAUAGUAUGAAAAACUUUGCACUUAAUUUGGUUGCCUCUUACCUCAGUGUCCGAACCCAAAGGGUAUGCAUAAAAGACAUUAAGUCGCAGAGGUCAUCUUCGUGAAUGGGUGUCCCACAAGGUUCAAUUUUGGGUCCCUUUCUAUUUUUGUGUAUAUAAAUGAGCUACCACACUGACAUGACAUAUGUCAGUGAAAAUUGUACUGUUUACAGAUGCAUGAUACAUCUCUUAAUUUUAAGACUGAUAGAGGUAGGUAACUCU